GAUUAAACCCUUCAUUUCUCUUACAGUAUCUUCUCUUGUCUCUUUCGGAUUUUGUAGUUUGAUUACAAUCAUUGCUGUAUUUCGCUAAUUUUCUUUGAUACUCUUUUUCUCUUUUCUCUUUUCUUUCCAUGAAAAGAGCAUAUUAUAUCAUCAAAUGACCAGAAAUCUUUAUCUUUGCCUAUUAUCGCUUGACCCUUCGCAGACAAGGUUGCGGCGGUCCCUUCCUUAGAUCUUAAAUCUUCCAACAUCGCCAUUUUCUAACUCUCUUCUCAUGUGAGCCGAACAAUUCGGGUCUUCUUCUUCUUCCAACUUCUCAGGUAAGAAGGUAGUGAUGGGGAAGAAAGUUAAGAAGAAGAGUCGAACUCCUCAAAAGGAGAAAAAAGUUACAAUUAAUUCCCAGAAAAAUGUAUCUCAACCAAGUGAGCAAAGUGCUGAGAAUGUAGAUAGUGCAGCUACAGUAGUUAGAGAAAGCAAACCUUGUCCUCAUCUUGGUAAGGGUAUUAAUCUUGAUAAACUGUCUGCUAAAAUUGGGUUAGCAGAACCUGUUAGGUGUGAAGAUUGUAGGGAAGGCGCAGUUGAUCGAAGGGCAAGUAAGGGAAAGGCUAAACAUGGGAAGAAGAAAGGGGGUUCUUCUGCAGAUUCAAAAUCUGAUUCAAAAGCCACUUGGAUUUGUCUGGAAUGUGGGCAUUAUGCAUGUGGAGGGGUUGGACUGCCAACAAACCCUCAAUGUCAUGCGCUUAGACAUACCCGGCAGACUCGUCAUCCAUUGGUUAUUCAGUUUGAAAAACCUCAGCUGCGAUGGUGUUUCCCCUGCAACACGCUUGUACCAGCUGAAAAGAUUGAGGAAAAUGGUGAACAAAAGGAUGCAUUUUCAGAUGUUGUGAAAUUGAUAAAAGGGCAUACAACAGAGGGGGCAGCUGUAAAUGUUGAGAAUGUAUGGUUUGGGAGUGGCAGUGUUACAACGGAAAUCAAAUCUAUUGCUGUGUCAGGUGAUUUAGAUGGACAAGGUGGUUAUGUAGUAAGGGGUUUAGUUAAUCUUGGCAAUACUUGCUUCUUCAAUUCAGUUUUACAAAACCUUAUUGCUAUGGAUAAGUUGCGGGAUUUCUUUUUCAAGUUGGAGGCAUCUGUUGGACCUCUCACUAUUGCCCUGAAGAAGAUCUAUAAUGAAACAAAACCAGAGGCAGGCUUCAAAAAUGUGAUAAAUCCUAGAGCAUUUUUUGGGUCUCUUUGUUCCAAGGCUCCUCAAUUUAGGGGGUAUCAACAACAUGAUAGUCAUGAGUUGCUUCGUUGCUUACUAGAUGGACUAUCUUCAGAGGAGUUGGGAGUGAGGAAGCAAAGUAAUUCUUCCAAGGAAAAUGGUCAUUCUUCUAGCCCAGGUCCUACUUUUGUGGAUGCUGUAUUUGGAGGUCAAGUAUCAAGUACUGUUUGCUGUACUGAAUGCGGACAUUCUUCAACUGUAUAUGAGCCAUUUUUAGAUCUCUCCCUGCCUGUGCCAACUAAGAAACCCACGAGUAAGAAGGCCCAGCAGUUCUCCCGUACAAAAAAAGCUAAAUUGCCUCCAAAGAGAGGUGGAAAACCCCGGCCAAAAGUCAGUAGAGGUCCAGAUUUGAUUUCAGAUGCUUCAACUAGCAAAGAACUUUCUUGCCAGCCACAAUCUGGUACAGCUGGCCCUACUACAUUGGCUGAAGAAAACAGUUCAGUUGGACAGAAUUCCUCAGCUGUUGAGCAAAGUGGAAAUAAACAAGUGGUUGAGGAUGCAGCUGAGCAAACAUCAGCUGCAAUUGAUAUUUUUUCGUGGUUGGAUUACCUUGAGCCAGAAGCUCCAUUGGAUGACUAUAAUAUGACUUCAAAUGAUUUUGUGGGACCAACUCUUCAAGAUUCAGAAAACAAAGAUACAUUUAUAAAUGCUGAACCAGGACAAAGUGGUUUUGAAUCUAGUGCGCUGGUUCUACCACUUAGUGAGGAGCCAGACACAAAAGCCCAGUUUUCUAAUGUUAAUCCUUGGGAGGAUGAGAUCCCUGUACAAGUUCAAAGUUCUCAGGUUUUAUUGCUUCCAUAUAAAGAGGAGGACUCUACUGCUGUGGAGUUUGAAGUAGGAGAAGGUUCUUCAUCAGUUUUUGCGGGUGUUCAGGAAGAUUUUGAGGGCUUUGGUGGCUUAUUUGACGAGCCUGAAGUAUCUGCAGGGCCUUUCAUUGGUCCAUCUCUUGGCAAUGAUGUCGCAAAAACUGGGUUUGUGGCAAGCAGUGAGUCUGAUCCCGAUGAAGUUGACGAUUCGGAUUCCCCAGUUUCCGUGGAGACUUGUUUGGUUCAUUACACAAAGCCGGAGCUCCUCUCCUAUGAAAAUGCUUGGCAUUGCGAAAAUUGUUCCAAAGCUCUUGUACGCCAAAAAUUGGUAUCUCAUAAGCAGUUAAAUUCUGCACCCAAAGCUUUGGUAAAUGGAUGUGGAACUGCAAUCCAAAGUGAUAUAGAGUAUUCCAAUAAGGACCCCUGUCCUAAAGAAGCCAGACAACAUGAUGACAAUAGUCAAUGUGUUUCUAAUUUGAACAAGUUUGAUGCAACAAUAGACUGCUCUAGUCAAAAGCACACAAAAAAGGAGAAUGGUCAUGCAGAUGAGUUGGCUUCUUUAGUUACUCAAACGGGAGAAGGGAAGGUUGUGAUGAAAUAUGCACAAGAGCAAUCAGGUUCUUCAGGCUCUUUUCACACUUGCAAGCAAGAAAGUUUAAUUGGUCAAGCAAUAGAUUCAUGCUGUGUUGACGAAGCUAGUAGUGCUGGAUCUAUCGGCAAUAAAGUUCAGCAGAGCGAGUCUAAGAUAUCAGCCCCGAACCCUGAAACUGAGGAAAAUGGUGAUGAUGAAUUAAAUUCUGAAUCGGUGAAGGUCAAGAGGGAUGCUACCAAGAGGGUCCUUAUUAAUAAAGCUCCGCCUAUUUUGACCAUUCAUCUUAAGAGGUUCAGCCAAGAUGCUCGGGGUCGCUUAAGUAAAUUGAAUGGCCAUGUUACUUUCAGAGAAAUAAUUGAUCUUAAACCAUAUAUGGAUGCCAGUUGCACAGAUGAAGGAAGAUACGAUUUCCGCCUCAUUGGGGUUGUGGAACACCAGGGGAGCAUGAGAGGCGGCCACUACAUUGCAUAUGUGAGAGGGCAUGAAAAUAGCAGCAAAGGGAAAGAAAAUGGCGGUUCUGUGUGGUUUCAUGCGAGUGAUGCUUAUGUGCGCCAGACGUCCUUAGAUGAGGUUCUUCGCUCCGAAGCCUAUAUCUUAUUCUAUGAAAGACUUUGAGCAGCGGAUCCAUUUUUCGCAGUUGAUGUUUUUUCUGUCCAAUAGAUGCACAGUUUCGGGUUCAUUAGAACAUUUCUUCAAGACGAGAGAGAGAGAGGGAGGCCGAGAGAGUUUGUGACAGAGGUAAAUGGAGGAGGAGGUGAGUGUACAACAAAUACCUUACAUUUUUAUACCAUUCUUUUAACAUUUGACGAUUUCAAAGAUUGAUGUAUACCCUUAAAAUUAGAUAAUCAGAAAAUGGGUUUUCUUUUUGAGUUCCAUUUUAACCUUUCACCAUAUGUUUGAGAUUUUUUUAGAGGAAUGCCUCUUGUGCUGCUGGGCUUGGACCAAAAUUGACCUUUCUUACAAUAUUAGUAAGAAUUUUUGUGAAACUAA